AUGUUUUGCAUCCAAGCUUCUUCUUUUGCUUUUCGGUUUAUCGAAAUGAUUCCUAUAGUUAAGAUAAGAGGACUUCCAUUGUCGGCUAAAAGCCAUGAUAUACGAGCGUUGUUCGGUGGACUGCUGAUACCAGAUGGAGCUGUUCACGUUAUUGGCGGUGCCGAAGGGCUUGCGUUUAUCGCGUUCGGUACGUUUGAAGACGCCAAGCAGGCCGUAAACUUUACAAAUGCUGAAAUUCAUGGACACCCUAUCGUAGCUGAGUGGUCAACAGAAACGGAAAUGUGUAAAAUUAUUAGUGAUGUCUUACGCUCACGAAACCGAAUUUUAUCCUCAGAAUUUAAUGACCAUGCUGCACCAGUAGAGGUCAGCCGUAUAGAGAAUGCGCAAGAAUUGGCCAAUAGCUCGUUACAGGUAGAUAACCCCGUGUUUGGAACUUCAGUGAAGCCUGAAAUGGCGUCAGGGAAUACUUUGUCGUGUUAUCAAGAGAAAAAUUAUUUUUCACCUGGUUCACCUUUGAACUUAAGUUAUUUGGCUCCGAAUGCGUUAGCGCAGCAGGAGCCUAGAAUCUCUCCAGAAAGCUAUCUCCAGCAGAAGAUCUUCUCUAAUUAUUACAAGCCAAAUGAGACUUUAAAUGAUGCACUACUUAAGUGGAUGCACAUGCUUGUUGGGAGCUCAGGCCAAACUUCGUUGACUGGGACGAGCAGUUUCAAAGAUUCCAAAAGAGAACUGACAGAAAAGCAAAAGUUUUAUUAUAUCAAGCUCAGUAGUCUUCCUUCAGAAAUUACAACGACUGCGGCCUUGGAGGAUUUUCUUAGUCCAUCGUCUCCUUUGCGCCUCUCUUCUGUAAAGACGAUUUUUGACCAAAACAGGUUUCCUUAUUACUUCCUAGUUCGCCUGGAAAAUGUUGACGACAUGCAAAACGCAUUGGAUAAAGAUGGGGAGAAAGGAAUUAAGACUCUUACUUACUGUAAUGCGGGGUAUCCUACAGCACUAGUGGUUUGCAAAGUAGUUCAGGCAUGUUCGCAGGCUUUUUUCAUCAGUGCAGUUGAUGGUGAGAUUAGAAAAGGAAGAUCAGAAAGUGUCAAAACAGAUAGUUAUUCUAGCGAAGAAGAAGCAAUUUCCCCGAAGCGUGAAUCUUUCUCGAAGAAAGUUCUGCUGGAAAAGUUUAGAACGGGAAGUCAGAGGUCGCGCAGUCGGUCCCCGCAUGUAAACUCUAGAACUUUAGAAGUGAAACGUUUGGAACGAGUUCACUCACCUGACCAGCGUCGCGCUGAACUAAAUGUUAGCAAAAGGAAGAAAGAUCGUGAUCGACGUGGGGAUUACGAUCGAUUUUCUCCCACGAAACGUCGUUAUAGGAAAGGGUCACCGAAAAAGUCAGAUCAUUCUCCGCCGCAAAGAAAGCAGGAGAAAGAACCAGAGCGUAGUCGCUGUCAUGGGCAGGUGACUAAAGAGCCUUGUAGGCGUACAGGAUGUAGCAAAGAAACUUCCUCUAAGAAUGAAGCGUCUUCUUUGAAAGCUGAUCAUUCUCAGGAAGAAUUUGGCACCUCCGAGGGAGGUAUGCCUUUGGAGUUAGUGGAUAAAGGGAUUAACACGAGAAUUUCUGAGAACAAUCCGUUUACUAGCUUGCAGAGUUUAUCGCGUAGUUCUAAUGAUGCUGUAACGGCUGCAAAGUCUAAUUCGAGUUUUCCCGAGGUUGUGACAAAUAAAAUGAUUUUCAAAAGUACAACAGUCAUGGGUGGUUCAGAGGUAGAACAAGGGAAGCAUAGCACAGUUGCGGGGAAUGACGGAAAUGCAGUGGCAGACGUUCAAGUGGGAGGUUUUGCUACUAACUGUGAUAUUAGCAGACAAAUUGGUGAGAAUUUAUCUGUUAAAAGCAAAGACAACCUAGACGGUCUUAUGAAGUGUAAGAGAGAGGAAAAAUUGGAAGGUCAAUAUUAUGUGGAGUUUACGAACUUACCUUUGUCCGUCACUGAGGGGGAAGUAAAAGACUAUCUGGGAUGUCUCUGCAGCAAUGCCACAGUGAAAAGAGCGUGCUUUAGAGACGGAAAACCGUCUGACCGGUGGGUAGCAGUGUUCAAAACAGAGGAGUUAGCUGAAAGGGCAUGCCAUAUAUUUGGUGAGAUACAAGGACAGAUAAUAAUCCCUCGGAAGCAAGUGUUCAAGCUGCUGUUGGAAGAUAAACAGGUAGAAAAAGUAAAGCUUGAGAAAGGAGUCUGUGCCCCUGAGCAGAGUGCUACUAGUGCGAUUCCCAGUAAUUCUGCGAAAACCGAAUUAAUAAAUCCUCCUGAGACUGAAGUUGCAGGGAAGGUGAGUGAAGGAGAGAAUAAUGAAAGUAGUGUUGGAUGUCAUGCAGGCGCAACGUAUGGUUCAAGGAAUGAACAGCUGUGGCAUUUGUAUCACCAGUACUGUCAGACAUAUUAUGCAGCGACUAAUGGCCCAGUUGAUUACAUGCAAACUACUUUGCAUGGUAUUCACAGCAGUCGAGGACGUCCAGUUUUAAUCCCGAAUGGUCCAGCAGAAUUUUUUGCUCCAUACCAGUAUCCUGGACCGUGUUUCACCUCAUCAGAUAACUUCUUCACAGAUCCGAUGUCCAUUUUUGGUGUUGUUUCUUCAAAGUAUCUGCAGCGAGGUGGGCCUCCACGUCUUAGGACGCCGACAACUUACUCAGCUAAUCCCUUACUUUACAAAAGAAGGGGUGCUGGAGGCUAUGAAGGUCUAAAAUUCAUGUUACUUGUGGCAAUUUCCACGCAGAACUGCAAUUACACGCUGUCUUUUUCAACUAAAGCUCCAAAGCCCUAA